CUUUCCCAAAAUGACCUUUUGUUUGCUUCUCCGCUACCGCCGAAGUCAGAGGCAGCUUGCAUUCCCUGCCUUCUCUCUCUCAAGAUCGGUAUAUCUCUUUGCAAUUUUCUCCCAAACACCAGAUUUUGUCGAGAAAAUGUUGCACUGAUUUUUCUCUGAUCAAUGUUCUUUUGAGGGAUCACAACUAUGUCGGACGCUUUGAUAAAUGGAUUGGCGGGAGCCGGUGGAGGGAUCAUAGCUCAACUCAUUACGUAUCCUCUUCAAACUGUAAAUACUCGUCAACAAACAGAGCGUGAUCUCAAGAAAGAGAAACGGAAAGUUGGAACCAUUGAGCUAAUGUGCCAGGUUGUAAAACAAGAAGGAUGGGAACGUUUGUAUGGAGGAUUAACACCUUCAUUAGUUGGUACAGCUGCAUCUCAGGGUGUUUACUAAUAUUUCUAUCAAAUAUUCAGGAACAAAGCUGAAAUUAAAGCACUUGAAAACAGGAAAAAGGGGAUGCUUUAUCAGGGUGCGUAAAUGUGGCUGUUGACUAACCCCAUUUGGGUCAUUGUGACACGUAUGCAGUCUCACAGAAAAGUUUCGAAGGAAGAUAACCCUAAUAGAUUGGCAAAACCUGCUCCGGAGGAAACAGUUAUUUCUGUCAUUGACCCUCUUCCUUAUGGCACUGGUCAUGCGAUUCAAGAACUCUUUGAUGAAGCUGGAUUUUUGGGCUUCUGGAAAGGUGUAUUCCCAACGUUGAUCAUGGUCAGCAAUCCGGCUAUACAAUUUAUGCUAUAUGAAACGAUGCUGAAGAAGCUGAAGAAACAACGAUCUCUUCUUGGUACCCCGGGCAACAAUGGAAUAACUGCUUGGGAGAUAUUUCUUCUUGGAGCUUUGGCAAAACUGGGAGCUACUGGUGUGACCUACCCUCUUAAUGUAGUAAAGGCCAGACUUCAAGCAAAACAGGUUACAACUGGGGACCAAAAGCAUCAAUACAAAGGGACUUUGGAUGCUAUUCUUAAGAUGAUCCGCUACGAAGGCUUCAACGGAUUUUACAAAGGUAUGAGCACAAAAAUCGUACAAAGUGUUCUCGCAGCUGCCGUAUUGCUCAUGAUCAAAGAAGAACUUGUCAAGGGUGCUCGAUUGUUGCUUGUUAAGAGCAGCAUCCAUACUGUGAAAUCGAAGCCUCCUUGACUCGAAAAUUUCUUUUGCUCUCCGCUCCGCUCCGCUCCGCUCCGCCCCGCCUCCGAUCUCUUUCUAUUUCAACAUUGGUAAGUUAUUGCUCAAUUUAUUCAAACUUGGAUUGUACCAUUACCAUAUAUUAUACCUUGAAAUAAAAGGGAUAGAUAUAAAAAGAUUACCCGUUGAAAUAAAACUAGUAUACAAUCCAAUUUA